AGGUGGGUUAGUUAGGGUCAUUGCACCGGACGGUCGCUAGAUGGCAGGAGAACACAGAGGUUAUAGCAGUGCUGGUUAUUAUCGGGGACGCGUGGUUUAUCUUAACAGUGGACCGGGUGUUUUUAUUUAAAGGGCGGGCAGUCUGCACAGGUUCAGAACCCGCCCUCCAGGCCGGUAGGAUGCAACAAAUUAAGCGCUUGUAUAACCCUUGCCGACUCUGACAUGUAUCCUACUGUAGUCCCUCAUUGCCUUAUACGCCGCUGUAGUUUCAGCCCUUCACUUCAUUUACAUUUUUCCUCUGAUUGGGAUUGAAUAGUCGCAAUACUCACUUGUGUUUUUUCAUUUCGGUUUUAACACCUGCACGGCAGCAGCGCUGUUUUGUACUACAACAAAAAAACUCAUUGCCUUUAUUAUUACUGAACCCAUCGAUACAAUGGAGCAAUGCAAUGUGUCCUAAAAGUGAACCCCUUCCGCGUGCUGGUGCCGUCCACGGUGGUAGAGCAGAAGAGUUGAGCGUCGCUGCCGGGGAGAAGAUGCUGAGGAGAGCGCACAGCCCACAUCUCCAGGACAAGUAGAGAGGAGGCAGGUCUGGGUAAAGUUCCGAUGCCUUCCCCGCCACAAUAGAAGAGGAUGAGGCGUGUGGUGGAGGAGCUGAUGGUGCUGAUCCUGGUGCUGGAGGUCCCUCGCAUCUGAUGACGGUCGCUGUUCCACUUUGCUGCUGUGAGGCCGAGCGCGUCUCCACCGGCCCUCGCAGGAAGUGAGCGCCCGACGGACAGGAGCAGGACGGACGGACGCACGGACACACCGUCCCUCCCCGCCAUGGGCGCCGAGACAGGGCUGCGGCGGUCAUGGGCGCUGCUCGCCUUCCUGGGGGUGGCGGUGGCUUCCCGGUGGGGCGCGACGGCGGCGGCGGCUGAGGUCUACACCAACACCUGGGCUGUCCGUGUCAUCGGGGGGGCCGGCGAGGCCGACCGCAUCGCCAGGAAACACGGCUUCGUCAACCACGGAAACGUGUUCGGGGAGUACUACCACUUCAGGCAUCACGGUGUGGAGAAGAGGUCCCUGUCCGGCCAUAGAGGGACCCACGUUCGACUGCAGAGCGAGCAGCAGGUGGUCUGGGCUGAGCAGCAGGUGGUGAAGAGCAGAAGGAAGAGGGAUGUGUUCAAGGACCCCACUGACCCUGAGUUUCCCAAACAGUGGUACCUGUCCAACCCAACUAACCAGGAUUUGAACACCAAAGAGGCCUGGGCAAAGGGAUUCACCGGUCGCGGUGUGGUGGUCACCAUCCUGGACGACGGCAUUGAGAAAGACCACCCAGACCUCCGCAGGAACUACGAUCCGGAAGCCAGCUACGACGUGAACGACGGAGAUGCAGACCCACAGCCCCGCUACACCCAGCGCAAUGAAAACAGGCAUGGAACCCGGUGUGCUGGGGAAGUGGCCGCUGCUGCCAACAACGGCGUGUGCGGUGUGGGGGUGGCCUACAACUCUAAGAUCGGAGGCGUGCGCAUGCUGGACGGGGAGGUGACGGACGUGGUGGAGGCCCACUCCCUCAGCCUGAACCCCCAGCACAUCCACGUGUACAGCGCCUCCUGGGGGCCCGACGACGACGGCAAGUCGGUGGACGGCCCCGCCAAGCUGGCCAAGGAGGCCUUCCUACUGGGCAUCACCAAGGUGGGUCUGGGGGACCCACUGGUGGACUGGUGCCGUCAGAGGAACUGCAGGCUGGCUGGCGUCUCCACUGAAGCAGCAGCUGUGGAUUCAAAGCCGCUCUUUAUAGAUUCAUCUUCAGAGUCCUUUGUUGAUCCCGGGGGAAACUGUUACAGUUCCAGGUUCCUCGUUAAGACGGCUCGUUCAGGUACCUCGUUAACGACCCGUUUUGCGUGCAGCAUGAACCUGACGUGGCGGGACAUGCAGCACCUGGUGGUCCGGACCGCCCAGCCCGGCCGGCUCAGCGCGGCCGACUGGAAGGCCAACGGCGUUGGGCGGAGAGUGAGUCACUCGUAUGGCUACGGUCUGUUGGAUGCUGGUGCGAUGGUGUCUCUCGCCCAGAACUGGACCUCGGUUGGACCGCAACAUCAGUGUGUUCACACCAUGCUCACUGAACCCAGAGAGGUGGGGGGCAAGCUGGUGUUCAGCCGGAGUGUGGACGCCUGCUGGGGUCGUCCGGAGGUCGUGAGCUCCCUGGAGCACGCCCAGGCCCGCCUCACACUCCGACACCGCCAGCGGGGGAAGCUGGCCAUCCAUCUCACCAGCCCGCUGGGCACCAGGUCCACCCUGCUGUCUCCCAGACCCAAUGAUUACUCCCCAGAAGGCUUUGAGGACUGGUCCUUCAUGACCACCCACUCCUGGGACGAGGACCCCAGAGGUGAAUGGACCCUGGAGAUAGAGAACGUCCCUGCAGAUGGAGGCGAUUACGGUGUGCUGAGUCAGUUCUCCCUGGUCCUGUGGGGUACGGGCCCCAGGGCGGUGAACCCCUCCUCCUCAGACUUCCCCCGGCCGUCCAACAACAGCUGCAAGACCUUCGACGCUCAGCAGAUCUGCAUAGAGUGCAGCCCGGGCUUCUCGCUCUUCCUGCAGGGCUGCGUGAAGCUCUGCCCUCAGGGCUUCACCUCGGCCGCCCAGCUGCUCAACCUGUCCCUGGAGACCUGGGUGGACCUGUCCUCCGUGCAGGCCUGUGUGCCCUGCCACGCCGCCUGCCUCACCUGCUCCGGCCCGGGCCUGUCAGCCUGCCUGUCCUGCCCGGCCCGCAGCCACCUGCUGUUCACCUCCUGCCUGCGCCAGAGCCUGGUGCAACGCAAGUCCCCGCCUCCGCCCGUCGACACCGCCGCCGCCGCCGCUGCCGCUGCCGCUGCUGCCGGUCUCCGCGGCAACGACGGAGCCUGGCAGGAAGUGGAGAGCUCGGCGGGCAGGGAGGAAGAUGCCGGCGGGGGCGAUGGAGGCCGAGGAGGGGAACAGCCGUCGUUGGGACGUCCCGGGCCGGGGUCGACAUCGACGACAAUGUCGACGACGACGACGACUACAACGGCAACGUCCUCCCGGCUGGUGGUCCUGUCGGCCGUGCUGGGCACUGCCUUGCUCGUGUUGGGCUGCCUGGGACUCGUCCUGCUGCUGCUGCAGACGCGGGCGGCCGGGGGGCCCAACGGCGGCGGUCUGCGGACGGUGGAGGCUCCGGGCGGCGGCCGGCUUGGGCUGAGGCUCGGCUGCGACAGGAAGACCAGGGUCUGCUACCGGGGGAUCCCCACCGUGUGGGGGGACAAGGACGGCGGCAUCGCGGGCCCCUGGGAGGGGGAGUCGGACGGGGAGGAGGACCAUAGCGAGAGGACGGCGUUCAUCCGGACGCAGAGCUCCGUCUAGGGCUGGUGGGAGACCAUUGCUGAUGGAAGAGCUUGAAGCAAGGAGGGGAUUCGCCCCGGUUGGUCGCUGAUAGUGGAUCCUCAAAUCAUACGGCCGGAUGUGCGCCGCACGAAAGGGACAGUAUGCGGAGAGUUAACCGAAGUUUUGCCCAAACGCGCGGACGCGAGCUGGACAGAGAGCCGUCCCGGCAGCCGCGGAUGCGUACGAAUCAAAGUCAGCGGAGCUCACGGCGUUGCUAGCAGGACUAGUGCCCUCCCUGCGCGCUACGAGCUACGAGCUAGCUCGAACCCACAGAGCCGAACCUUCCUGUUCCUUUAGUCGCAUUAUUCAUCAUGAUUUUUAUUUUUUUCAGAGAUUACCCUUUACUGUGUGUUGGUUAUUUUGCAAAAAAAACUGCAUAGAUUUAAAAUGUCAGCGAAAAAAAACGUUGUGUUCUCAGUGUUUUUGUACUUCGACUUCUGCAUUUGCAUCCGAUAUGCGGCUCCCAUCCCGGGGGUUAUCGCGGCGUCGCCUGCGGAGGCCCUUCUGCCCGCUGAAUGUACCAAAUCAAUCCCUCAAAACAACAUCCAGCGCACCGCAGAGAUGAAUUGGCAAUCGCACGUCGGUAAGAGCCACUUAACCAGCUGCGAGACACAAGGCACCGUUGAUUGGUUGAUUGCGGAAAAGUGCUGCAAGUGCUAAACGCGUUUAGUGAGCCUCUUCUCUGUUGCUCCGACGGAGAAUUUUUUUUCACUCUUUUUUGUAAGGAUGGGAAGACUGAUCCCGCCGCACAACCCGAGACGUGACCUUCUCUGACAGUUUUCUCUAUCGCUGGGAAAAGGAACUUCUGCUCUCUCCCUCCUCCACCCCAUAAAGGCUGUGGUAUCGAUUGGUUUCUGGGUCUUCUCCAAGAGCAUCGCUUCAUCAGGGAAAACAAGCGAGCUUGUCCGCGCGUUUCAAAUAACCCGGCCCGGCCUGCUGCUGUUCCCGGAGAGUCGUAGUGGGCAGUCUGCUACCACUGGAGGACUGGAUUCACGCCUUGGUGAAUCAGUGUGAACCACUUGGAUUAAAGACGUUUCCUAUUGUGGUUUAUUUUCUACACGUUUUUUUAUUUAUUUAUUUAUUUGACUUGGUAACGGUUUAUAUUGUGCAGGAAAUAAAAGCUGUGGAAAAAAAAAAGUGACGGUACGUG